GCCAGCAGGGGAACCUGCUGCUGGGAGAGCAGCGGCCCGAGCCGGGGCCAUGGCGAAGCUGCUGAGCUGCGUCCUAGGCCCCCGGCUCUACAAAAUCUACCGGGAAAGGGACUCCGAAAGGGCCCCGUCUGGCGUCUCUGAGACUCCAACUUCAGUCACUACCCACUCUUCCAGCUCCUGGGAUACGUAUUAUCAGCCCCGUGCCCUGGAGAAACAUGCCGACAGCAUCCUCGCCCUGGCUUCAGUCUUCUGGUCCAUCUCUUAUUACUCCUCUCCCUUUGCCUUCUUCUACUUGUACAGGAAAGGUUACUUGAGUUUGUCCAAAGUGGUGCCAUUUUCUCACUAUGCUGGGACAUUGCUACUGCUGCUGGCUGGAGUGGCCUGCCUCCGAGGCAUCGGCCGGUGGACUAACCCCCAGUACCGGCAGUUCAUCACCAUCUUGGAGGCAACACACAGGAACCAGUCUGCAGAAAACAAGCGGCAGCUUGCCAACUACAAUUUUGACUUCCGAAGCUGGCCAGUUGACUUCCACUGGGAGGAGCCCAGCAGCCGAAAGAAGUCCCGGGGAGGCCCUUCCCGCCGGGGUGUGGCCCUGCUCCGCCCAGAGCCCCUGCACCGUGGAACAGCAGAUACCCUCCUCAAUCGGGUCAAGAAGCUGCCUUGUCAAGUCACCAGCUUCCUUGUGGCUCACACCCUGGGCCGCCGGAUGCUCUAUCCAGGCUCUGUGUACCUGCUCCAGAAGGCGCUCAUGCCUGUGCUGCUGCAGGGCCAGGCCCGGCUGGUGGAAGAGUGUAACGGGCGUCGGGCCAAGCUUCUGGCCUGUGAUGGCAAUGAGAUUGACACCAUGUUUGUGGACCGGCGGGGGACAGCUGAGCCCCAAGGACAGAAGCUGGUCAUCUGCUGUGAGGGAAAUGCCGGCUUCUACGAAGUGGGCUGUGUCUCCACACCUCUGGAAGCUGGAUAUUCAGUCCUGGGCUGGAAUCAUCCAGGUUUUGCUGGAAGCACGGGGGUGCCGUUUCCGCAGAAUGAGGCCAAUGCCAUGGAUGUCGUGAUCCAGUUCGCCAUCUACCGCCUGGGCUUCCAGCCCCAGGACAUCAUCAUCUAUGCCUGGUCCAUUGGUGGCUUCACUGCCACGUGGGCAGCCAUGUCCUACCCAGACAUUAGUGCCGUGAUCCUGGAUGCCUCCUUUGACGACCUGGUGCCCUUGGCCCUGAAAGUCAUGCCGGACAGCUGGAGGGGGCUGGUGACCAGGACUGUGAGGCAGCAUCUUAAUCUGAACAAUGCGGAGCAGCUGUGCAGGUACCAGGGUCCCGUGCUGCUGAUCCGCAGAACCAAGGAUGAGAUCAUCACCACCACGGUUCCUGAGGACAUCAUGUCCAACCGAGGCAAUGACCUCCUACUGAAGCUCCUGCAGCAUCGGUAUCCCCGCGUGAUGGCAAAGGAGGGCCUCCAAGUGGUGAAGCAGUGGCUGAAGGCCUCCUCACAGCUGGAGGAAGCCUCGAUUUACAGUCGAUGGGAGGUGGAGGAGGACUGGUGCCUGUCUGUCCUCCGCUCCUACCAGACAGAGCACGGGCCUGACUUUCCCUGGAGCGUGGGGGAGGACAUGAGUGCAGAUGGAAGGCGGCAGCUGGCAUUGUUUCUGGCUCAGAAGCAUCUGCACAACUUUGAGGCUACACAUUGCACCCCACUUCCAACCCAGAACUUCCAAAUGCCCUGGCACCUCUAGGGCCUGUGCUGGGCCGCCUUCUGGAAGGAUGGGAUGGGAGGGGACAUAUGGAAGGACCCUCUUAUUUGUGAUUUUCUGUGUUCAUGUUGUUAUUUAUAGUUUGUGAAAGUGGGGGACCAUCCCCCCCCAUACUAUUCUUGCACGUUUCCCCCCAUCCAUCUGGCAAAUAUCUGCCCUUCCCUGACAUAUACCUGCAUUAAAUGAAUGGAUAAUUCCUAAUAAUUAAUAAAAAAGGUAUU